GGAGGUUUCCCUCCUUUAAAGCUGCCUGGUGCUCAGGCAACACUCUAUUGGAAAACUGCAGAGAUGGCAGCUGUUUGGAUGCUCGUCUGUGUGCUGACUGUUUGUCUGGCCAGAGAUCUGUCUGCCAAUGAGAUCUCCUUAAAGAAAGCCUUUGCACCUUUCCAGUCGAUGGAGUCCAUGUUGGACCAAGAUGCUCGAGAAGUACAACUGGAAACCAAUGCCGUGGAAGCUGAUGCGUCUGGUCACCAGAAUCCUGAACAAAAGCCCGAGAGCGUCAACGAGACAACAAAUGUCCAGAACCAGGUCGUAACGAGGGACAACGGCACGGAGGGGGGCGUCCAGAACCGGGUCGUCAUUAGGGGAAAUUCCACUGCGGGGCGUGACCUAAAAUGGGUCAUCAUAGGAGGCGACUCCACAACUGAGGACGUCCAGAACCGGGUCGUCAUUAGGGGAAACGCCACGGCGGGGAGCGUCCAGAACUUGGUCAUCAUUAAGGACAAAGCCAAGACGGGGGGCGUCCAGAACCUGAUCGUCAAUAGCGAAACCGCCACAGCAGAGGCUGUCCAGAACCGGGUCGUCGUUAGGGGAGUGGCCAAGGAGGGGGACGUCCAAAAAAGGGUCGUCAUUUGGGUAGACUCCACGACUGGGGACCUCCAGAACCGGUUUGUCACUUGGGGCGAAGCAACGACUGGGGGUGUCCAGCAGAACCUGGUUCCCAGAGACAACGGCACGAAGGGGGGCUUUCAGCAGAACAACGGCACGACGGGGGGCGUCCAGCAGAACAACGGCACGACGGGGGGCGUCCAGCAGAACAACGGCACGACGGGGGGCGUCCAGCAGAACAACGGCACGACGGGGGGCGUCCAUUAUGAGCACAAAGUACUCCUGGAUACCCAUGAAGUAGACGACCAGAUGUUGAACGGGACGAGGAAAAGUUGAACGGGACGAUGAGCGACGAGGAAAAGUUCAAUGGGACGAUGAAAAGUAAAAGUUCAACGGGACGAUGAGCGAGGAGAUAUUCAAUACUGCAUAGAUUCAUCUCGUAUAUUUCGACUGCCUUGGAGAGCUUGAUAUCGGAGACGUUAUCUUAGCAAUAUAAUAAAACGUGUAUACAUUUCUUAAAUAA